CUCGAAUACACACCAAGUACCCACUUGCUAGUUUCCUCCAAGCUUUGAAUUUACAUGAAUGAUGUUGCCUUACCACGCACACAACAGCUACCAGCACCAGUUCCCAUCGCCGGACAUUGAAAUUCCGGCGAAGUGGAAGGUUCCCUACGGACACGAUGAGACUGCUCCACCUUGUCCUCGUUGUGCAUCUUCCAACACCAAGUUUUGUUAUUACAACAACUACAGCUUGUCUCAGCCUAGGUACUUCUGCAAAGGUUGCCGUCGUUACUGGACCAAAGGCGGCUCUCUCCGCAACAUUCCCGUCGGUGGAGGCAUUCGAAAGAGAAGCAGGAGCAGACACAACAGUCACAAAAGGUUUGGUCGGAACGAGAAUCGACCAGAUGGUCUUAUCAACCAAGAUGAUGAGUCUCACUCAAGCCCUGCUGGUUCUAACAUAGAUUUGGCUGCGGUUUUCGCUCAGUACGUGACUAAUGGGAGCCCUUCAAGUACAGAUAAUACCACCGGAUCUGAUCAAGAUUCACCGGUGACAACAACCACUCACGCUUUGGAUUCCUUGAGCUGGGAUAUCUGCCAAGAAACUGAUGUGAAUCUUGGAUUCUAUGGAGAAUUUAAUAAUCUAACCGAGAAGAUCCAGGAAGAUCAUCGAGCUUUUGGUCAGUUUCUCCAAGAAGAUCAAGAAGAGAUCUUCGAGUUUAAAGGUUUACUCGAUGACAAAGAGAUUCAAGAGAUCCUGGAUUGCUCAUUCUCAGAGGAGCCAGACCAGUUGAUUUCUCAGGGAAGCUUCAUGAUCAAUAGUGAUCACUGGAGUUCAACAGAUCUUACAACGUUCGGGAUUUGA